CCCGGAAACUUCGACGAAGUUCGGAGCCCCGCCCCCCGCCGUCCCGCGACCUGCCGCCCCCUGCCCGGACUGACGAGUCGGCCCGGCUGUCCCGAGCGCCAUGUCGGGUUCUUCUAGCGUCGCCGCCAUGAAGAAGGUGGUCCAGCAGCUCCGGCUGGAGGCCGGGCUCAACCGCGUGAAGGUUUCCCAGGCAGCUGCAGACUUGAAACAGUUCUGUCUGCAGAAUGCUCAACAUGACCCUCUGCUGACUGGAGUGUCUUCAAGUACAAAUCCCUUCAGACCCCAGAAAGUCUGCUCCUUUUUGUAGUCAUCUAUCUUGAGGUUUCUCAAACCACUUCUCAUGAACCAGUGACUAUUCAAGAGAACUAAAUUUGAAGUCUGUACAAAAGCUUCUCUUUAACACGUGCCAUAAUACACUAUCUUCUGCUCGUCAGUCCUUAACAUCUACCUCUCUGAACGCCAUGGGUUUCCGUCUCACAAGGUUUCACUGUUUUAUACACACUGGCCGUAGCAUACAAUAAAGCAGCCUACAACCCUUUGGCCUCCUUA